CUUCUACCACCAUGCCGCCUCGCGGAGGAUGUUGAGUUUGUCUCUCGAUCAUCCAUCUCUAGUCCAGAAGGAUUAAACUCGUCUCAUAACCAUUUUGGAGGAUAUUUGCUGUCCUUUCACUCUCCUCGAAUGGCGCCUCGAGCGCGCCCUCAAGGCGCCAUCCCACGAACCAGUCAAGGCCCUGGACCUCCCUCGGGACACACACGUCCAGGCCCUACUACGUUCGUGGAACAUCGACGCCUGCACGAUCUCCUUGAUGUCUCCUUUGGUCUUGGGCUUUGUUGGCCUUCACGGGGUGCUCGGCCUCUGGACCUCGAGGAGCGCGUCAAGCGGUGGGAUUAUGCGGGUAAGUCCCUAAAUCGGAG